AUCAUGGUUGGGCCAUUUCAAAUCAAAACGCCCUUUUUUCGGUUUUCCGUUUCUCGCCAUUGGCAUUGGCACCUCUAUUCCCUCUCACUCUAUCCGAUCCCCCACUUCCUGAAAUCAUCGGAUUUUCCGCUCUCUCCACGCUCCUUCGAUCGGAUCUCACAUCGGAUCGAAGGGUAGAUAGGAGGAGGAAAAGGUAUGGCGCAUCGAGUGGAUCAUGAGUACGAUUACCUGUUCAAGAUCGUGCUGAUCGGUGAUUCCGGCGUGGGGAAAUCGAACAUCCUGUCGAGAUUCACCAGGAAUGAGUUUUGCCUGGAGUCUAAAUCCACCAUUGGCGUCGAAUUCGCGACCAGGACUCUUCAGAUAUAUGAAGAAUUCGAGGUGAAGGAAUCUGUUAUAGGCGCAAAAACAAAAAUCCGUUUUAUUGGUUGUACAACAGGAAUAAGCUCGGCCACGAUCUCGAAUUUGAAUAUGCUUAUGAAAUUUAUGUCCUUCUUGAACGUCCAGUACUGUGAUUUAGAAACUUGAUUGGGUUUGUUUCUUUACUAUGGUAAAUUUCAUUACAAGAUCGAAGGUUAUAUUUCAUCGUGUGUUCUGAAUGUAAAUUUUGCGCCAAUAGACUGAUGUUCUGCAGGAAUCGUGCUGUGAUUUAUGUAAGAAUUAUGAUGGAUAACGGAAGAUUAGUUUUGUCUACUGUAUGUGUCUAAAUCCACAAUUAAUGUCAUUCAGAGUAGCGAUGAAUUCACAAGUCAGGUAUGAGCGCAAUGAAUCUAUAAGAUGUGUAGAUGUAGCUGGGAACAUCUGAGGGCUUGAAAAAGAAUGAUGCUUGAACUUUUCUUAGGUGAAACAAAAAUAACGCUUUUCUCUUCCAAUCCAACAAUUAUUCCAAGUGAGCUUUCUUCUUGUACUUCUUGCCGAUUAGUUAGUCAAGAAAUGAACCAAAGUUUCUUUUAAGUAUAUAUCUGCUGAUUUAUUUAGUUUUCUAUGUCCUUUGAGCCAUUUUGCUAGUCCUUAAUGGGUGAACUAAAGUUUAAAUUGGUUUCUAUAGGUUAAUGCUUAAUGAUGGAUGGCAUCAUGGUCUCUUUGUUUUUCCCUUUUUUCAGAAUACUCAAGAUAGAAGGGAAGACAAUCAAGGCACAGAUAUGGGACACUGCUGGUCAAGAGAGGUACCGUGCCAUCACCAGUGCAUAUUACAGGGGUGCAGUGGGAGCACUCCUAGUCUAUGACAUUACAAAGAGGCAAACUUUUGACAAUGUACAGAGAUGGCUUCGUGAACUUAGAGACCAUGCAGACUCCAACAUUGUCAUAAUGAUGGCUGGUAAUAAGUCUGACUUGAAGCACCUACGAGCAGUUUCAGAGGAUGAUGCCCGAGUGCUGGCUGAGAAGGAGGGGCUUUCCUUUCUAGAGACCUCAGCAUUGGAAGCAUUCAACAUUGAGAAGGCAUUCCAGCAUAUUUUGACAGAGAUUUACCAAAUAAUAAGCAAGAAGGCACUUGCUGCUCAAGAGGCAGCAGGGACAACAGGACCACCCAUUCAAGGAACAACUAUCAAUGUUGCCAAUUCUUCAGGGAAUGUAAAGAGAGCAUGCUGUUCUACUUAGUUGAGUAAGAGCCAAAAAAAGAGUGCGAUAUCGAAGUAGACCAGCCCCAGAGGCUUCACUAAGAACUCAAACCAUGUGUAGAUUACUUUUCUACUUUUUCUCAUGCUUCAUUCUGCAGACUCUGAAAGUUAGAUUUCUCUUUUGAGAAGAAGAUUUUCCAUUAAGAGAUAGAUGACCUGUGUAGUCUAGGUUGUUCAGUUCUUUUGUACUUCUGUUUGUCAUGGCAUGGAAGUAUGGUAGAAUAGUUGAGCCAUGAAUUGAGCACUUUUAAGAAUGUUGUGCCCGGUUUGUAUCUUUGAUUUGAUUCUAACUUUUAUAAUGAAGUUCCUUUUGCAUCGCAUGAG